AUGACCUUCCGUUAUCAUUUGAGCAGCUUUUCACGGAGUCGUGCAGCAGGGCCACAAAGCGAAUUGCGUGCGAAAGGCGAGAAGGUUCUAGGCCAGCCCAAUCCUCAGAAGUUUACUGUGAUGGGGGCAGAAGAUGGCUCCUCAGAUGCCUCUUCGAGUUUCGGUGACGAGCCGCCUGAAAGUUCACCUAUUGUACAUGCUCCUUCCAUGCAGUCCAUUCAGAUGCGCCGGAAAAGCAUUGAAGCCAUGCUAGCGCGACGAAGAAACUCCAAUCGAAAGACGAGCGCGCCGAAUGUCAUGCCCGAGGAAGCUGGACCUGCCAAAGAAGCAGGACCAGCAGCGAAAAUUAUGCUGAAACACGUCAGAGCAAGAGGUGAGGUCUUUGCUGGAAGUGAAGCUGAUCUGCAAGACCCGGAUCUCAUUGAGAUUCUUACUCCUCCCGAUGAGCAGGAAGUGCUGAUGCGGAUGGGCGACUCGUCGGAAGGAUUUACGGAGAAGGAUGCAGAACGUCUGCGAAAGGCCUUCGUGCUGCAUCGGCAAGCCUUCAGAGUCCUGGCUGCAGUUGCGACCUUCACGGGCUGUGGGAUUCUCGACUACCUUGGAUACCUCAAGAUUUCGGAAGCCGACAUCCACGCGAUGGUAGCUGAGAUCACGAGGUAUUCCACCAUGGAGUUCGAGGAGUUCAUGAGUUUCAUGACCAGGGCAAGGGCAUUUGAUCAGAAUCAAGUGCGUGAGAAGUUCGCACUUUUCGAUGCGGACCAGUCUGGAGAGCUCAGCGCAGAUGAACUCGAAGAUGUGUUGAAGUCCUUGGGAAUUACACCAUCCAGAACCACCAUAGCUGGAGCCCUCGCGGUGGUGGACGAGGAUGGCUCGGGCAGUUUGGACUUUGAGGAGUUCGUGCAGCUCCUUUUGAUCUACAGAAAAACGGAAGGAUUCGCAGAGUCGGAGGUGUUGAAGCUGCAUCGAAUCUUCACGCGGUUUGCAGAGACCAAGCCAAGCGCAUCUGGGAGGCGGAUGCUGCCCUACGAUCGCUCGAACAAGGCUCUGAUCGAGAUGUUCGGCAGCCAGGCGGCGCAGCUGGCCUCGCGGCUUGGGAGUGCCAUGCCAAGGCCGCCAUCAGAAGGAGAAGAGGGCAAGAAGCCAACCAAGAAGGCCGAAGGAAUGACAUUCCGUGAGUUCCUCAUCUGGGCCAGGCGCCUCCGAGAGAUUGAAGUCCAGUGGUACCAGCAGGAAUUUGCACGAGCAGACGUGGACAAAGGCGGCUUCUUGGACGAGGAGGAGAUCCGCCUGGUGCUGCAACGUCUCGGCUACACGCCGCUGCGCGCGGUAAUCUUUGACAUGAUUGAAGCAGUUGACCCGCAGAAGCGUGUGGAUCUUAGCGCAAGCUGUUUCACAGCCUGCGGGAUGUUGGACUUCGAUGAGUUUGUCCAAAUGAUGGAGCUCUUCCGGAAUUCAAACGGCUUCAUGCGCCACGAAGUCAGGGAAUUUAAGCAAAGCUUCGACAUGUUCGACACUGAAAAGGUUGGUGAGGUUGAUGUGAUCCAAGUGGGUGGCAUACUGCGCUCACUUGGAUUCGCCACCGAGCUGGCGGAAGUGCAGGUGCUGCUGAAGACGGUGGAUUGGAACGGCAGCAACUCCCUGGACUUCUCGGAAUUUCUCCGCCUAAUGCGCAUGCAUCGAGAGCAAGAGUUACUGCGCAUCAGGGAUACCUUCGACAAGUAUGCAGACACCGAUGUCUUGGACGACGGGGUCGUCAAGGUCACGGUUGAGCCUGGAGAUGUCAAAACCAUGCUGCGACUGCUGGGCUUUUCAGACAACUUCGUCACUUCCACCACAGGUGUGUUCAGAGCUUUGCUUCGAGAAGCACUCGACUAUGAUGCCAUGGUUCUGCUUUGUGACUCUUGCCGACGGAUGAACAUGGAGAAGAUGCGGAAGCAAGCUGGCUUUUCGGAUGAAGCUGUAGAGAAAUUCCAGAAGUUGUUCCGGGCACUCGACUCCGUCAUCAAAGGAGAGCUGUCGCAAAGCAGCAUGGCCCUCAAGCAAGAGAUCGUGCAGUCGGUCAACAAAAGGAUGGACACCGUGGAGGAGAAGGUGGGGAACCAGCUACAACGCACCCUGGAAAAGCUGGCGGCCCUCACAGAGAGCCAGGCGGACCAAGGCCGCACCCUGGCCACAGUCCAAGCAGACCAACGAGAACAAGGAAGCCGCCUGACCCAGCUAGAGCAGAAAGUGCACCAGCUGCAGCUUCAUGGGGGGAGCUCUACCGCAGACACGGAAGGAGGCUUGAAGCAACCCGCCCUCAUUAUGGGGCGAUGGGAGGAUGACUCCCCGGCGGCCGAGACAUUGGAGAAAGCCAAAGGCAUGAUCAGCCAGCUCCGCAUCGACAUCGAUACCGACGCACAACGAGACCGGGGGGAGCUGCGGGAGCGCCUGCAACAGGCCAUCAAGAGAGUCAGGACGGCCAACAUUGCCAUGGGUCGGCGCGAUGAUGGGGGGAAUCGAUAUCUGUGGCUCCAGAUGUCACAGUCUCCGGAACGCCGGCGACGAGCACACCUAGCUGGAAAGGUGAAGCGGCUGAUACUGUCAGCCAAUGGGGGCAGCACACACGGCCUUGAAGUGGAGUGGCCCACUGGAACCGUCUGGUGGAAAGCUACGAGAGUGUGCUCUGCCACCACCAGCCCCGUUGCGCGGGCAGAGAUGGCUGGCGCAGGCUGGGUCGAUCUGCGGGCAAUCGCACAUGGUGAGGAACCGACCGGCAGCACUGAAGACAGCGAGGGGGAGGACGAACCGUCACCCACACCGCUGAGCACUUACCGGCCCCUGAAGCGGGUGCACUGUUUUCACCUGGCAACCUGGAACGUGGGCGACCUCACAGCAGAUUGCACGCUUGACCUGCUGCGCACGUUCGGGGGCGCCAAACACCUUUGCAUGCUACAUGUGGCCUUGCUGCAAGAAGUGAUCACAGACUGGGCGGCCUUCCGGGAACACCAAAGACAAACCAGCAAGAAGGGGGAUUGGGUGGCGCAGCUGCUUGACACCCACAACUGGCAAGGAGCACUGCUUGCCCACUUUUCAAGCAUCUUCCACAAAGCAGACGGGGAGGCAAAGACGGCAGCCUUCAACGAAAUGGCGUGGGGCAAACACAAGAGCACGGGGGUGGAUGGGAUUGCCCACGAAACAUUGCAAAUGCUGAUCCUGCACCCAAUUUGGGGGGAGAGAGUCCUGGCGAUGCUGAACGAAGCACUCUACACAGGCAAAUUGCCAGCCAUGGUUGAGCGCGGCCUUACCAUUCUCCUCCCGAAGGGGGGAAGCCCCGCAGGCUGGGAAGACACACGGCCAAUUACGUUAAGCAGCGCGGUCCUGAAGACACUCUCCCAACUACUGCUGCUUAGGGGGAACCCCUGCCUACGCCCCCUCUACACGUAUCAGUGGGCGUCGCCACAGCGCCAAGGCGUAGAGCUCAUCUUGGUCCUCCGUAAGAUCGCCAGAAUGGGGGCGGACUGGGGGGGAGACUUCUGGAUUAUCAAACUUGACCUCCAGAAAGCCUUCGACUCAGUGGCGCAGGACAGUCUAGGGGGGAGUGUCACCCAACAUGUGGGGCCGUCAAUGCCGUGGGCGCGCCUCUGGCUGUCAUGGCUGGACGCCAGACACAUCCACAUUGCAGUGGGGGGUGCAGAAGUGGAGGUGGACCAAACCAACGGAGUACGACAAGGCCCGACUCACCAGUGCUCUUUUCGGCCCGCGGCGCCGUCCAUGCCGGGGCUGUGUCCUCCUCCGUCUUCGCUGCAGACUGUGGGUGUUGUGGUUGUUGUGGUGGUCGUCGUGCUGCGGCGUGCUGGUGUCCUGCACAGCUGUUGA